AAUCCACAUGCCCUUAAAUACAGACAGUUAUCCACACUUUUCCAUCCAAUUCCCCAAUCAUCAAAGCCAUAUUUUCUUCCCAUUAAUGGCACUUCGUCUCAAUCUUUGAUUACCCCUUUCUGCCCUUCACUUCAAUUUUUAUAAACACGACAUUAUAUGCUUAGAUAUAUGUAGAUAUAGAUAUGAACAUAAAUAACUUAAUUCAAUGGAAAAAUCAAAUCUUGGAAGAUUAUAAUCAAGGUAUUGCCAUGCCUUUGGUUUUACAUUCAGUACUCAUUUGUUUGAUGUUUUGGGGAUUCUGGAAAACUAAAAAGGAGUGAUUUUUAUUCAAUUAUUGAUCUCUGGAUGCAUUGAGUUUGACUGUAUGUUAUUUCUGUAUGCUUAUCCGCUGUGAAGUGACCGAUAAUAUCGAUGGAUUUUGUUUCUUUAUUACUCUGUCAGACUGUCAGCUGUUUGUUAGAAGCUUUUGUAUAGAGACAAAGAGCAUUAACUCACUGCAAUGUUUGUACAUGGAUAGACACAAAACAAUGAAAGCAAAUCCGCCUGAUACUCGUGUUGAUUCAACUCCUGUUUUCUCAAUGCCUGAUUGCUCUGUCAAUGGAGUUUUUGCCAAGGGGUCGCCAAGAAGUCCUUUGAUCAGCACAGGGAAUGCAUCCUUUAGUGUCGUAAGCCCCGAGAGUGACCUUUUCGAUCUCAUCUUAGAUGGAGCCAUCAAUGAUACUUCGAUCGAGCAGAUGUGUUUGUAUCGAAACGUAUACGAGAUGGAGAGUUCCGAUCAGUCCCCUUCCCGGUGUAGCAGCUUCAUAUCAUAUGGUCAUGAAUCGUUCAUCGACUCCGAGCUAAGGUUUCUUGCUCAAGGGAGGGCUGUAACAGAAGAGGAAACAAGUAAACUUGUUGAAGUAAGUGAUCCUGGCUUAGAAAGCAAAUGUGUUCAAAAAGCAGUCCAAGAUACGUCUUCCAGGAAGAAGGAGAAGAGAAUGAAGUGUAGGAAUGGAGACAACGAUUACUUAGGACCGUAUUUGCUCAAACAGGCGAGGGACACGAUGGUGUCGGGGAACAACACUCGCAAGGCUCUUGAAUUGGCCAUUCGGGCGAUGAAAUCGUUCGAAUCUUGUGUUGGCGCGGAGUCGAGAUUACGUUUGGUUAUGUGUCUCCAUGUUGUGGCCGCGUUGCACUGCAGGCUUGGGGAGUACGAUGAAGCCAUACUAUUUCUCGAGAGAUCGAUUGAGAUUCCGGCAAUGGAAUUAGGCUCAAACGACGCUCUCGCCAAGUUCGCAGGGUGCAUGCAGUUGGGAGAUACGUACGCCAGCCUCGGCCUGAUCGGGAAGUCCAUAGAGCAUUACACUAAUGGUUUGGCAAUCCAACGGCAAGUGCUCGGGGAAAAGGAUGUGCGGUUUGGCGACACGUGUAGGUAUUUGGCCGAAGCGUAUCUUCAAGCUUUUCAGUUCGACGAGGCCGAGAGGCUUUGUGCCGUGGCCCUCGAGAUCCAUAAGACCGGGUCAAAGGAAGUGGAAGACCGGCAGCUUAUGGGAUUGAUCCUCGACACGAAAGGGGAUUACGAAGGCGCGCUCGAGCAUUAUCUUCUUGUGAGGAAUGGCACGGCAGGCGAUGGGAGCAAUGCUAGCAAGGUGUCCAUGGAUUGCAGCAUCGGGGAUGCGUACGCUUCGUUGAAACGAUACGAUGAGGCCGCUGUCGAGUACCGGAAAGCGCUCAAGACAGUUAGGUCGAGCAGAGGAGACGACGGCCGGUUGUCAGUUGCAUUUGUUUUUGUCCGGCUUGCUGAUUUGUGUUGCAGGAUGGGAAACUUUGUCGAAUCGAAGAUGCAUUGUGCCAAUGCUCUUAGAGUUUACGUCAAGCGGAUGUCGAAGAUGAGACCCGACGAUGUGGCGGAUGGUUUGGUAGAGGUGUCCGGGGUGUACGUGUCGAUGGGGGAGAUCGACGAGGCGAUACGGGUGCUGAAAAGAGCGGUCAAUGUGUACGGAAAUGCGCCGGGGCGUACGUGCAUUGUUGGCGGGAUCGAAGCACAGACGGGCGUGCUGUAUUACAUCGCGAAAAAUUACGUCGACUCUUACAAGUAUCUAAAGAAGGCUACUACAAAGUUUAAGUUGAUUGGGGAAACAAAGACAGUCCUUUAUGGCAUUGUGUUGAACCAGAUGGGGAUGGCUUGUUUGAGGCUGGACAUGAUCGAGGAAGCUAAGGAUUCGUUAGAGGAAGCGAGGAGUGUAUUGGAAAGGGAAUGCGGAUCAUACCAUGCAGAUAAGUUGGGAGUUUAUGGCAAUCUUUCGGGGACGUAUGAUGCAAUGGGAAGGAUUGAUGAUGCAAUAGAAUUGCUGGAGCAUGCUGUGGAGACGAGGGAGAAGAGGCUUGGGAAGGGUAAUCAAAGCAUGGAAGAGGAGAAGAACAGAUUGGCUGUGCUGUUGAAGGAAUCGCGUGGAAUUGGGAAAACCAGAAGAUGAAUCCUUCUUGCAAAGACAAAUCUUUUCUGAAACCCUGUGGAAAUGUUCUUCUUCUUCUUCUUCUUCUUCUUCAUUGGAUGUAACGGAAAUUUUUGUUACAGUAUGUGGUUUUAGACC